UUUGUUUUCUCAAAGAUCCCCGGACACAUCCACUAUUUGCCCUUACACACGACUAUGCGAUACCCCUUCACCUCCCCUCCACCUGUCACGAACUACCCAUUCUCUUCAUCUCCACUCAACCCUUACACACACCCGCACUCAUUUUCAAACGUUUGCCCAUCAAUGCCUGCAUCCUCCUCCUCACCACCCCACUCAUCUCCUACGCCAUGCUCAAGGCAACUGCCACAUCCCGCACCUCUUUUUCGGUCGUCUCCUGUCUCGGGUAAAAGCAAGCUGUUAACGAGAUUUCAGCGGUCAGCAAGGAAGUCAUUACCGUCUUCCCUAACCGCUGGCCCAUCAGAUCUAGGGACGCGCGACACCGAUCUGUUUUCGGAAGGGACAACACCUUUAGAAGGUGCCAUGUGGAGGGAAAGGUUCUCCAGACGGAUGGAAGAAAGGGAAAGAAGAAGAAAGGCAAGAGACGCGAAUUUGAAUCGACGGCGCGGAAUCGAUGGUCUUGGUCUUAGUGGUGUUACGCUGGAUGAGGAUGAGGCCGAGCGGAAGGCUCAGGAAGACGACGAAGAGAUAUUCAGACGGAUAGUAAUCUUACAAAGAAAAAAGGCAAACCACGCCGCUCUCGUCUCCGAAGAACAAGAAACAGGCGGAUCAGAUCCCAACCUCCCCGAGUUCUGGGAAGAAGAGCUCGAGACAAUGAAGAAUGAAGAAAGAGAACUCUUGAGAAAACUGGAUCAACAUGUCGAAGACGGCCCGUGGAAUGAGCGAAGCGAGAUAGAAGAAGACAUAUGGGCGAGGGAAGCUGCAGAAGCUGAAGAGGUGGAAAGGGAAGCCGAGAUGGCCAAGAUGAUGGAAGAUUUUGAGCGAAAUGCCUUGUUAGGUAUGCCCAGUCAUCAACAUUCGCAACCAUCACAAAAGCAACAACAUCACUUUAUUGGAGAUGUGGACAUGGAUGUCGACUGGAACCGAAUUGAUUCCAUCGACACUGAGUAGUGCUGUGCAUAUGCUAAUGGCUAAGCAACGACUUUAUUUGUAGACCAAAACCUUUUUGAUUGUAGAGUGGAAGAAUAUUCGUUGUAUGUAGACGGCGCAUUAUGUAUGUAUAUCUC